CCUGUUUUGUUGUUGAUAUUCCAAGUCCACAACAACAUACAAACUGGGAUUUGGAGCUCGACAUUGUCCCAAAAAACGACCUCGAUUCAAAAGGAGCGUUGCAAUAAGGAGGCGCGACCUACUUGCCCCAUCAUGAACACUAAAGAAGCAAAAAGUGGGUAAAUACACGUCGACUAACAUUCACGCCACGUUAUUUGACAGUUCAACACACACGCCCGACUCAGCUAACAAGCUGCUGAAGUGAAUUUCUUCCAUUAAGUUUUUGUCUUGAAUUAAGAUGGCUGUUGUCAACAUGAGAGACAGCAGGGAGUCAGCUUCUUCGCCAACUUUCUUGGCACCCAGCCCACCAGAAUGGACUUGGAUGUCGUUUCCCAGACGUUACCUCAUUGCAAUUAUGGCCUUUUUUGGAUUCUUCAACAUCUACUCUCUGCGAGUGAACUUGUCCAUUGCAAUUGUGGCCAUGACUGAGAACCGAACAACAAUCCAUGCAAAUGGAACCAUUGGAUAUGACCAAGACUUCCCAUGGAGUUCUAAAGAGCAAGGCCUUUUGUUAAGUUCAUUCUUCUACGGUUACAUCACUACUCAAUUGCUGGGAGGCUGGUUAGCUCCAAAAAUGGGCGCAGGCAAACUCUAUGGAUUGGGGAUUCUCACAACUGCUGUAUUGACUUUGCUGACUCCCCUAAUUGCUGAUUUUGGUCUAGUGCCAUUAGUUGCCAUCCGCAUUUUGGAGGGAAUUUUCGAGGGGGUCACGUUCCCAGCGAUGCACGCUCUCUGGAGUAGGUGGGCCCCACCCCUUGAACGGAGUAAACUCGUUACGAUAGCCUACUCAGGAAGCUAUUUCGGCACGGUCGUUUCAAUGGGAGUUUGCGGAUUACUGGCUGAACACCUCGGAUGGGCCUCCAUAUUUUACGUCUCAGGAACUUUUGCCGUCCUCUGGUGGAUUCUAUGGUUCGUUUUGGUAAAAGAAUCUCCUCAAGAAGAUCGUUUUAUCAAAAGAACGGAACUGGAUUACAUUUCAAAUUGCCUCGGCUCAACGGCUGAUCAACAUAAAUUAAGUGUGCCUUGGAAAUCAAUACUGACGUCAUUACCCGUUUGGGCGACCGUAGCCGCUCACUUCGCCGAAAACUGGGGAUUUUACACGCUUUUAACACAACUUCCAACAUUCCUGAGCGAUACGUCUGACCUCAAACUGGAUAAAACAGGAUUCCUUGCUGCCAUACCGUAUCUGGCCAUGGCCAUAAUCGUCCAGACCGGUGGCCAGCUGGCCGACUGGCUUAGAUCAAGAUGGCGUGUCGAAACCACAAAAGUUCGAAAAAUCUUUACGUGCGGGGCUUUCGUUGCCCAAACGAUCUUCAUGCUCGCCACGGCUUACACUCACGCGGUAACAGCAGCAAUCAUUUGUUUAACCAUUGCAGUUGGUUUUGGAGGAUUCGCGUGGUCUGGAUUUAGUGUCAACCAUUUAGAUAUUGCACCUCAAUACGCAUCGCUCAUCAUGGGAUUAUCGAAUACCGUGGCUACCCUCCCCGGCAUUGUUAGCCCCGCCCUAACUGGCUACAUUGUUCAAAACAAGACGGAAGAGGGAUGGCAUAUGGUGUUCAUGAUAAGCUCCAUGAUCUAUUUAUCCGGAGCGAGCUUUUACUGUUUCGGCGCCAGUGGGAAAUUACAAGCAUGGGCCAGCCAGUCAUCCCGACCUCGCAACUUUUUAGACUCGCAAAGUGGCCAGUCCGAGACGACGGCGUUCCUCCAAGAGACGGACGGAGAAUAAAAUAAAAAGUGCCUUCAAUAAAAUAUGAAUAGACUAACCCGGAAGAAAUUCAGAACUUUUUGGGUUUAACUCGCACAAACGUCCUCAAAGAACUCCUAUUGCUGAUCGCCAUUACUUUGAAUGUGAUUUUACAGACUUCCAGCGAGUGGCAUCUUGUGUUCUACAUCUCAGCCGGCAUUUACAUGAUUGGUUGUGUAUUCUACGCUUUUGUUGCAUCGGGAAAUCGACAGUCAUGGUCCCAACCCACUGAAGAUACU